GCUUAAAAAAAGGCAAAGGUUCCGUCUAAACUAUGGAUAUAAAUAGAACAAAUUAGCUUAUGUUCAUUGAUCACAUGAUAAGGGAAUGGCUCGGCAUUUCAACCUGAUGCCUCAUUUGUUUAUACCAAGCUUCCAGAAAAACAAAACUACGUACUUGAGAAGUGUAUGACUUUGUCAUCAGUCCGCAACCUGAAGUGAUAUGGAAAGGUCUAAGUUCAGAUACAUGUACACGUCUUGGUUGGUUUUUCUGACACUGGUUUUAACAGUGUCUACGUCACAUUUGCCAAAACCUAGGUAUCAUAAACAGCUUUACGAGCUAACAGAUAUAGCAAAUCCCAGGACAAACUUCGCGGAGUGUGGCCGUAUAUCCCCAUCAUGGGUUUGCGAUCCAGCCGGCAUCUUGGAAGAAUCUGAAGCCUUCCGAAUUGACAACGAAAUUACGAAAACUAUCGAAGACACCAAAUGUCCGUGUAGUCAACAAUGCCCCUUGGAUUCAAAUGGCUAUAUCAUCUCUGUUGUUUUACUUCCAAAAAUCAAAGUAUCUCCCGGCUACAACGUGUCUACGGAGCUCAAAAGAUGGGGUCAGGAACUUUCGACCAGACUUUGGAAGUUUGGCACCUGUGGUAAUGAUUUAAUUAUUCUGAUCUCUUUGGGAGAUGCAGCACAAGUAACUGUAUAUGCAAACUCUUCAGUAUUAACAAAGGUCAGUGAGGCAAGUUGCCAGCGAGAUUUUCUUGCCAACUGCCGUUUAUAUUUGCAUGCCGGGAGAUAUGGCGAAGCUAUUAGGCAAACUGUGGCAGGUAUCCGAAAUAUUUUUCUUGGCAAACCUUGCCAAUUUCCACCAGUUAGUGAAUACUUCGAAAAAGUGAGCAACGACCAUGAAGUACAGGAUGGCAUUGAGAGUAUACGUCAUACUCAGAGAGACAGAGGCAAGACCAUUGGAUUACGACUUCGACGUGAUUAUGACAAUAAUAGAUAUAUACAUUACCAAGAGGAAGAAGACCAAGCUGCCAUGGGUGUCACCAUAAACGGUACCCACUACGCUUGGUGGAUCGUCCUUUUAAUUGUACUGGGAAUAAUUGCCGUUAUUAUUGGCCUAGCCAUUGCGUUGUGUUGUUGUUGUUGCGGUGCACUGUGCUGCUAAUAUCGGCUACUACUAGGACAUUUCCGGACUAAGACCUCGUUUUAAGUAGUAUGUGUACAUAUAGGCCUACUGAAGUCCAUUGGAACGAAAAGAGAUUUCCUAUAUCCUUAAUAUCCAACAUCCACUACCGACAGUUUUCUUUAUGUGACUAAUUAAACUCACUCAGUCCAGUGGUGUGCGACUACACCAAAACUAUGACAACAACAACAUUAUCCAUUAAGCAUGAUUCAUAAAACACUAC